UGUCAGAGAUGUGAACUGUGACCAGUGAGAUCAUAUGGAGACAGAAAUGAAACUAGAAACUACCAGUGGCAGAGCUCAGUAGGACUGGCUGACAUAGGAAGCUUGUGAUUCAAAAUGCGCCCAUCCUCCUGUGACACCUUUGUGGCUUUGCCCCCCUCCACUGAGAAACAACGCAUCAUCUUUGGGAAGAACUCUGACAGGCCUUGUGAUGAAGUCCAGGAGGUGGUGUAUUUUCCUGCCAGAGACUAUGGUGCAGGGGAGAAAGUUGAGUGCACAUACAUAGAGAUUGACCAGGUUGCCCACACUUAUGCAGUUGUGUUGAGUAAACCAGCAUGGCUGUGGGGUGCAGAAAUGGGUGCAAAUGAGCACCAAGUGUGUAUUGGAAAUGAAGCAGUGUGGGGCAGAGAGAGUGCAGAUGGUGACGAAGCUCUUCUGGGCAUGGAUCUGGUCAGGCUUGGACUUGAGAGAGCCAAUACAGCUGAGAAAGCUGUGGAUGUUAUUUCUGAGUUGCUGGUGAAAUAUGGCCAGGGAGGAUCUUGCAUGGAGGAUGAUUCUGGCUUCACCUACCACAACAGCUUCCUUAUCUCAGACAGGAAGGAGGCGUGGCUACUGGAAACAUCAGGGAAGCACUGGGCAGCAGAGAGAGUGGAAGGUGGAUAUCGCAACAUCUCAAACGAGUACGGCAUAACGACUAAGAUAGACAAGGAACAUCCAGAAAUGAGGGAAUAUGCCAAAAGCAAGGGCUGGUGGGAUGGAAAGACUCAGUUCAACUUUGCCACGGUCUACUCCUUUACGACUACAGCCAGAAUAGAAGCCGCUGGAAGCCGAUACUGCGAGGGGAAGAAGUUGCUGGAAAAGAGCAAUGGUCACAUCACUGCUGAGACAAUGAUGGAUAUCCUGAGGGAUAAAGAGAGCGGCAUCAACAUGGAGGGCAUGUUCAUGACGACAGGAAGUAUGGUGUCUGUGAUACCGACGGAUCCUGCUCUGCCAGGGGUUCACUAUUUUACUGCCACUCCAGACCCUGAAAGGUCUGUAUUCAAACCUUUCAUCUUUUUGGAGCACAUUAAUAUGACGAAGGAGACUUAUUCUCCUACUUACGGUCCAAAUGACCCCGUAAAGAAGAAGCCCCGCUUCCAGAGCAAGCCUGACCGCAAACACCAGUUGUUUGUCAAACAUGAGCUGGUGGCUGCCAUCAUUGAAUCCUACAAGGACAGAGGAAAGAAGAUCACGGAAAGUAUGAGGCAGCUGGAGAAGGAAAAGAUGACGGAGAUGGAAGAGAUUCUUUCACAUGGUAUUGACGAACCUGAUCUUAAGGCAGAUCUGUUCUCAAAAUCUGUAAAGGAGGAGAUGGCUGUGUACGGAAAAAGCUGAAACCACAAAACAUGUCUUCAGGGUGACAGUAGCACUAUAUGACCUUUUACCUUUUAGUCAGGUAGAAGUACAAACUUGCUCGUAUAAUAAAUCACAACACAACUGAAAAGUAAAUAACAUUGUGUAAAAAAAAUAAAGCAACCCAGGAUACUCAUGUUGAACAAUAUGGACUAAAUUGUUGCCUUUAUUGAAUCAAAUCACUGACCAUAAAUACAGGAAGGAGCAAAUUCAUCAUGUGAUACAUUUCAUUUGUUAUACAGGAAGAUAUUUAAAGUAUCAAUAAAAAUGUGGCAAUUAAACAUAGUUAAAAUGGGUUUACAGCAGGUUCUUGUAAAUUUGAGGGUUCGGUAACAUGUAUUUUAAAACAAAUCCAUAUCAUAAAUAUGCAGCCUUUGACAGUUUGUGUGCUGCACUCUGUAUUCAAGUAUUUUCUUCAUUAAAAAGACCAUUUUCACACCAG